UUUGGAUUAUUAUUAUUGUGACUCUUGACGCAAAUUGGCCUCCAUUUUUGCCAGUUGAGCUCCAGCCUCCUUCACCACGACGACCGACGACGACCACCACACAAUCAACACCUCUAAUCACCAUUAACAGUUAUCAUCUUCUUUCUAUACCUUUACACCUACAAACAAUUCCCCCCAAUUUCUCAACUAUGUAUCCUUUCUCUCUCUAGGGUUUUUCUGUACCACACAAAUUUUAGGCAUGAGGCGUUCAAGACACAAUAGUGCGUUGCAAGUACAAGAUGAUUGGCCUAUCAGAAAGGCCCUCACACUUUCGGAUGUCGACAUUACUCACCCCUUUCUCACUCUACCCCGCCAGCCUGUCGAGACUUACAUCCUUGUGCAUUUGACACAAUCCGAGUGUGAACAUUUACUCAACCGAGAGCAAGUACCCAUCAAUGCUCAAGAUGACGACACCGGUGAUGUUUAUAUAAUGAAACUAAAAUGGCGUGGGAGUUAUUACAAUCUUAUCGGCAAAUGGGGUAGAAUUGUUCGUAGCAAAGGACUUGACGUUGGACAAGUGAUAAAAAUCCGUUGGUUUGACGGUUGUUUACACUUUUCGGUCCCGCAGCAAGAUAUUACUGUACCACCGUUACAAGUUAUUCCCGCACCUGCGGUGCAUGACCAGUGGCCUAUUAGGAAGGUUUUAACACUAUCUGAUGUCGACACUAAUCAUCCUUUCCUACCGUUGGCACGAAGAUCGGUGGAAGAUCAUAUCCUUGUUCACUGGACCCCGCAACAACGAGAGCUGCUUAGAAGUGAAGAGCAAGUGAAUUUGAAUGCACGCGAUGUCGAUACAGGGGAGAUAUAUGUGAUGAAGCUGAGGUGGCGUGGUAAUUACUACAACUUGAUCGGAAAAUGGGGGAAAAUUAUUCGGAGUAAGGGAUUAGGUGUCGGGAAAGAGAUCAAGAUUCGAUGGGCUAAUGGUUGUUUGCACUUUUCGGUCCCGUAUGAGCAGGUAAUCGAGCCUGCAACAAUCCCAGUGAUACAACAACACCGACAACAACAACACCAACACCACCACCAACAACAGCAACACCACCACCACCACCACCAACAACAACACCAACAACAGCAACACUACCAACAACAACAACAUGACGAAUGGCCGAUCAAAAAGGCGUUAACAUUGUCUGAUGUGGAUACAAAUCAUCCGUUUCUUACAUUACCUGGAAAAUCAGUUGAAGAUCACAUUCUUUUGUAUUGGGCUUCACAGGCUCGAGAGCAAUUACGAAAUGAGUAUCAGAUUAACGUCAAUGCUCGAGAUUAUGACACUGGUGAUUCAUUUUUGAUGAAGUUGAAGUGCCGUGGAAGCUACUACAACUUAAUUGGAAAAUGGGGGCAAAUCAUCAGAUCAAAGGGUUUGCAAGUCGGACAAGAGAUUAAGGUUCGUUGGGAUAAUGGAUAUUUGGUUUUUUCGGUUCCUGAAUAAUAGCGAUGAUACUGAUGGCUCGUAGGUAGAAGUUGAUGGGAGCAGUCAAGUUACAUGCAUAAUGCUCUUGUUUUGUAUAUCUUAAAAUGUCUCUUCUCUUUACUAGUUUACAUACUUGUUUAUUUAGUGACAACUAAGGUUUAAAUUUCAUUUUACAUUGGAAUUCUAUUUUUCGGUUUCUGUUAAAACUCAAAUCCUCCCUUCACCCAUGCGAAGGUAUGUCUCGAUCAAAUAUCUGCUGCUUGAAUUUA